AUGGGGCACAGACAAUUUCUUGGUUCAUCCCAAUUUUUUGGCGAUGAACAUGAUCAAGGCUGGAAUCAUAUGCACCCAGAGCAUCCAUAUACGAGUCUAGCAAUGUCUGGGACCAGUGAGAACAGAUCGCAUGUUUAUCCGGCAGAAAAUAUGUCAAAUGAGGGAAUGCCAGUUUCUUCUCAUUGGAACUCUUCUUCAGGACCAAAUGCAUAUACUGCUUCAGGUCAUAGUGUGGAGAGACCGCACUUCAAUCCGGGGGCUUCGGGUCCAUCCCAUGAUCCUUUUGUGAGUUCAACAGUUGCAACUUUCUCUGCUCCAAAUGAUAAUUAUGUGACAUUUGCAUCUUCUUCAAACUGCAACCGCCAGACAUGGUCAAAUGCUAGUAAUGCUGAUCAAUCUAUGGAAAAUGUGAGAGAAGCACAAAAGCGAAAAAGCCCAUGUGAUUCUUCCAUUUAUGAAAUGGGCAGUUCAAGCCAAUACCAUGGUGACAGAACUUCCUCAAACAUCCCUUUUACCCCGGAAUUACACAUGGGAAAAUCAAUAACACACGAUCAUGAUCCUCAUAACAUGCCAUGGCUCAUGAACCCGACUUACAGAAGUCAUAAUCUCUCGAUCAGGGGAGAUGGUUCUUCAAGAAAUGUCCGGAGUCGUCCUACAUUUGAUUUAGAGACCAGUUUAGAUGGAAAUAAUUUGCCAAGAAGCCCGAGCCUUGAUUCUCAUUCUACACACCACGUUGUUGAGCGUUCCAGCUCAGGUCGAUUUCCUGGUCAGACAUCUCACGGAAAUAAUGACUGGAAUUGUCAUAGACUGUCUCCAGUUCCGGGAGAUAUUAAUGCCUUUAGUCCAGAUACAAAUAAUUUUCUUCCUCCGAGUUGCAAAUAUGUUGAUACCACUGGCUAUCACCAUGAGCUAAUCGAAAACAGAAACUCUACAGUUUCUCACAGUUAUCCUGGAACUUCAACACAACCUGCAAGAAGCUCCCGCUUUUCUNAUAGGUCAACACCUACCUAUAGAUCUUCUUCAAAUGGUUUGCGAUUAGGACAAGUAGCAUCUUCUUCUGGGGACAGGUCUCAUUUGGUCACUGAGACUUAUCCUUCUAGGCAUCUAAGGACAUCACCCCAUUCAUGGCGUAGCGGUGAUCGCACAGGGAGACGCAGGAGUUCUUACGAGAGGUUUCAGCCUCCUUUCGAUGAAGUUGCUCUCCAUGAACGGUUUUCAUCUGAGGGAUUCAUAGCUGUAGAUCGCCAAUCACACUACGGAUCCAGAAACAUGUUUGAUCACCACAGAGACAUGAGGCUCGACAUCGAUAACAUGAGCUACGAGGACCUUCUUGCUCUUGGAGAGAGGAUUGGGAGUGUCAAUACUGGUCUAUCCAACAGCGCAAUCCCCAGUUGCUUGUUAGAGACAACAUAUUUUCCGUUGUAUCAAACAGAAGAGCAAAGAAAAUGCGCGAUCUGCCUGGAGGAGUACAAGGAAAAAGAAGAGAUAGGGGAACUAAAGGGAUGUGGUCAUGACUAUCAUGGGAGUUGCAUCAAGAAAUGGUUGUCUAUAAAGAACUCUUGCCCUGUUUGCAAAUCCCCUGCUUUACCUGAUGCUUCUAUCUAA